AUGUAUCCUUCUACAUUUCUUGCCAGUUGGGCCUAUGCCCUACUUCUUUUAGUGUCCCCGGGGCACGCUGACGCAACAACCAAUUUCCAAAGCCAAAACGACCGUUCUGGAGGAUGUACUCAACCCCCUCCCAACAGUUGCGACUUCUACAAGCAAUGCCUCGAGUCUCGAUACCACUGUGGACCAGCUGGCUAUCCGAUUGGAUUCGGCCAGAAAUUCUGUGAGAAGUCUCUUGUCUGGAGACCCAAGAUGAGCACGUCCGGUCAAGAAUGGAUCACCAAGACGAUGCUCUGCCUGCAAGAGGAACUAGUCCCCCUCGCCAUUGGUUCAGAGUCGCAGACCUGCAGUGAGCUGAAGCAGCACGCCCUCGGCACACACGCCGAAUGCUACGUGAGAAGUGGUGUCUGCACUUUGCCGAUUGAGGAUUGGGGGAAGAUCCUAGAGAUUGUCGGUCCGGCUUUGAUCUCUGCACCGGAGAACUUCAAGUCUGCGUUUGAGACAGCUGGAGAUUGCCUGAAGCUGUAUUUCUGGUUAUUGGGCAAGGUUUUCCACGGCUCUACGUCUUCUCUAGAUUGA